AUAUCGAAAAUUAAAAUCUGGCAUGGGUGGAUUUUAAGACAAUUUGAAACGUAUUUUUCUUUUCAUCAAUCCUGAAAGUUGAUUAGCGCAUGUGCACAGUAUAAUUGUAUUAUUUCUUGCGUACAAGAGACGACACGUAUCUCACGCAGUAGAAAGCGAAGAUGCAGCGAGUCGACGUUUUCAUAUACACGCAUAUACUACUUCCGGGAAAGCGAGGGAUCGAAUGUCGAUGACGGCGCGUCUGACGAUCUUUCUUUAGCUACGACUGCUUGAUCUACGAACGCGCUCUCGUGGUGCCUCGAAAGAUCGCAAUGAAAUCGCAGUACGAACGAAGCCUCGUAGCCAGCGAAUCGGCGCGCAGCAACAAGACCGCGUUGAAUUACGCAUGGCGUCCGGGAACGGACGCCAUCUAACGACUGGCAUUCCUGCCUGUUCCUGCUGGUACGAAACCAGGGCUAUCGUAUAAGCGCGGAACUUCUCGGUUUUGUUUAGCAGAAGUGCGGAAGUGCGCGUCUCGUCUGAAUUUCGUGAUCUCGCCAAGCAUCCCUUAUUAUGGCGCGAGCACGCCGUGUGAAAUGAUAGACGAGGAAGUGCGUCCGCAACUCACCGGCCAAACGUUUCCUCGUACGUGCUAACCGUGUGCGUUGGCACGUAGAGCGGUCAACCUCCUCCCGCAUAAGACUCUUGGCUGUGCCGCUGCUGGCCGAUUCCACUCGCUUGUCCGGCUGCCUCCGCGGCUCACAGUAAAUAGAAAGAAUAAUUUCUUCGGUGGAAAAUGAGCGCAUCUGCCCUAAAAUCAACAAUACCUGGGGUAGGUACAUCGCCGACUUCUACUAGCCACUCGAUGUUGCCCAUGAAUGCCAUGGCGCAGAAAGUUGCGGGAUCAGAUAGUGGGUCCAUGAAACCCUUGUCAGGGAGUGGACUAAGCUACGUGACUCUGCAACCACCCAGCCAACCACUCAGUCUGGUGCAAGACCACAGACCUUCUGUGUACCAGGCUCCAUCUUACAUAGGCAGUAGCGUGGAGAAGGAACCAGAAACUGAAAAACUGAUACCGAAUGGCGUUGAAGUAACAAAGACCGAACCUGAGCAAGAUGUGCCUGCAGCUGUAAAGCAAACUGACUCCAACAGAAAUAAUAACUUAAGCCCUGAGAAUCCUCCCCCAGAGCAACCAUGUGAAAUUCAUACAGAGCAGGAGCUCACACCAUUAACUUUGGAUUUUCCUGCUCUAUGCACACAAACACAAGCGCAAACACCAGCACAAAAUAAAGUUGAGGAAAAGAAGACACCUGUAAAUAACGGAUCCAAGGAAUCAGAUGGCAAAGCAGUUAAUAUUCCUGUACAUACGAAACAAUCUCCACACAAGCCAGAAGACACGCAAGUUAAAAACGAAGUUCCAAAGGCAAAACCCAUCACCAAUCAGAGUAUAAAAGCAACCAGUGACAAUGCUGCUGCACCAGUCGCUAGCACAAUAAAACCUGAGACAAAGAUUGCUACUUCCAUAAAGACGAAUAAGCGAAAAUCCAGAGAACUGAAAGAUUUGAAAGGAGCGUCUGCGGUUCCCGAUGGAGCAAGUAAACCUAAGAGGAAUCGAGUUCAAACGCGUCUUUAUCAGAGCCCGCUGCCAGACAUUGCAUUGCUGGUCAAAAAUCUCAACAAGACUCCAGGUCCUAAAACUCCUGAUGACAAACUCAUUGUGUUCUACAAAAACGAAUUUUUGGCUGUGAGAAAUGCGGAAGGUAGCUUCUAUGUUUGUCAAGCAGUGCAGAAUAUUUACAAAUCCAGCAGACGCGUCCGCAUACGUUGGCUGUCUCAAGACAAAAACAACGGAGAAAUCUAUUCACCAGAUUUCUAUGAUUUUACAGAUUUCGAUUGCAUACUGACAAACUUGAACCUAAACAAGAUCGAUAAGAAUAAAUUCCAGCUAACUAAAAUAGAAUUACUGCGCACGGAGAACAUUUUGAAACGGGCCAUCGAUGUGGAAACUGGGGUAUCAGAAAUACCUCGAGUCACGGAGGAACAUCCCGAUGGUUUGGAUCUGUCGCUGUAUAAAGAUGAAUCACAGCUGAAAAGAAGAAAAGGACUGCACAAGGAGAAGUCAAGCCAGCGGAAGAAAACCAAACGGGCCGCGAGUUUUUCGGACGACGACAGAGACGACGAGCAGUCGGAGAAGAAGUCGCCCAAGGCAAGCCGCGCGAAGAAGCGAUCGGCCAAUAAAACGAUGGUGAUCGCAAAGUCCGUUGCGAAAAGCAGUAGCAGGGCGGAAAGAGCGCUAAACAGAAGCACGAAAUCGCAAAGUGAAGGCAACGACGGUGUUGUUGCUAUCAUUUCCGCUUCCACUGCAGCACCAACAGCCGCUAUCACCACCACCACCACCACCACCACCAUCACCACCAUCGCCACAACUGCUGUUGCUGCCGCCGGUGUUUCUGCUGCUGCCGGUGCCGCUGCUAUUACCGCCACCGCUGCUACGGGUGCCACUGCUACCACGAGUCCCACCGCUGCUAAUGCUUCCGUCGCAGCGGACGCCAAGAGUAACGCAGAAGCGAAGAAAUUCGAAAUGAAGAAGAAUGGCAAACAACAAAGUAACAACACCACUGGUGGAGUCCCGAGGACGAAACCCCGAGGUACCGCUCAAGCUGCACAGCAAGCCAGUAAAAGCCAGGCAGGACGUCCAAAGCGCGUAACGGCCACCACCGGUGUUUUGCCGAACGAGGAAGCAUCUUCGCGAAAGAAACCUCGCGGCCGAGCGUAAAACAUACCUAAUGCAUAAUUGCUUUUUUACGCUAUAGUUACAGACGAGUCUGUAUCGUAGGCAAUAUGUACGUGUGGUACACCUCUUGAAAAAAAUUACAAUCAAUCUAAUGUGUAAUAUAUACAUAUGUACGAUCUCAAGAUUCUUAAAUGUAUCAUGUGCCGCGAUAUAUUAUAGUCCAACGAUACGGGAUCAACGACUUGUAUCUCUAAUUCGUCAAGUCGCAUUUGAAAAAAAAGAAGAAAAGAAAAGAAAAAUAAGAGAAAAAAUUAAGAAAAUAGGAAAGACUCAGAAAGAGAAAGAAGAGAGAGAGAGAGAGAAAGAGAGAUUAUAUAUGAGUGAUAUUGUGAUAUCAUACAAAAUUUGUACAUAUCGUCUACGUCUCAGACUCCAUCGGGAGAAGAAAGUCACGAAAUGUGUGAGAAAAAUGGUACCUUGAGUUGAGUAAUAACUAUCUACAGGGUGUCACAUACUAAUGCACUCUUGCAAUAGUCUAUUUUUGAUGUUGUGAGUGAACCGUACGUGAUUCAGUUGAUUUUAAUGUACACUUUCCAUUGGAUAUAAUAGCUAUGUACAAAUAUAUGUCCGGGAGGGGGUUGGGGAUUAUAUGUAUUCUGUAAAACAAACAGUGGGAGGGAGGAAGAAAGGUAGUAGGAUUAAAAAAAAAGAAAGAGAAAGGAAAAACAUAGUAUCAACAGAGAAAACUAAGAACAAUCCCGAUUGUUGCCGAGUUUAACCCGAUCGACCGGCAGAGGAUCUUGAAGUACAAUACCUGUACAUUAUACUGAAUCCUUGCUGUUAAAAAGGAAAAAAAAAGGAUAGCCCGUAAAAUGGUCCAGCGCCUAGUAGAGACAGGCAGUGUAAAGAAGUGCCCUGAAUUGUCUCCUUGUCGAGCCAAUGGAUUCGCGAGAAACUCGCGAGCAGAAAG